UAUAAAUACACCCAUACCACACCAGAAAGGCAGCUCGCGACUAGAGACGCAGUACAUUUUGCAGGACUGCACAUCGCCGUCUCUUAAUAGACAAUUCAACAGGAUAUCCUGUGAAGAAGAAUGGACAUCGAAGAGUACGUCAAUGAACCAGUCAAUGAAAGGAGGAAUAUUUCGGCGAACAGGAAAAAUUCACGUUCAGGAUUGUUUAAAGUCAUCUUGGUGGUUGGGAUAAGCUUCUGUCUGCUGUGCAUCAUACAGGCAGUUCUUAAUGUUACUCUUCGGCUCCAUGGAGAUGGGUUUUGUAACAAAACUCACACCACGGACGUUUCCCUGGUACUUCAGGAUGAAAAUGGUGGAGUCUCAGGAGAAAAGAACCAAAACUGUGACCAGGAUUGGACGCAAUACAUGUCCAGCUGUUACCAGCUGUCCGCCAAGAAAGACAGCUGGUGGAAUGCCAAAGACGACUGUAUGGUCAAUGGAGCUAAUUUGGUGAUUAUCGACAAUGAAAAGGAAGAGAAUGCUCUCCAGAAUGCUUUUGGAGAUUUAGCCGUGUGGAUCGGCUUGAAAGCUGAAAAAACCCAGGAAAGCUUUUUGAAUUGGAAGUGGGUGGACGGACGUCAACUGACCUAUGGAAAAACGAUUCAGCAGCCUCCAUUUGAACACGGAAAUCGUUACACCUGUGUCUAUGUUAAACAAUCCCCGCCUGGACUCAUGAGCUGGAACCAUGACGCCUGUUCAAGCAAACUCCACUGGCUGUGUCAGAAGAAGCUACAGUAAAGUGAUAAAGCACCUCCAUUAAAAUUGUGCAACACUGAUAUGACAAACAUGAAGUUACAUGUCAGCAAUCUGUGGACUACCAAGUCAUUAUUACCUGUAAUCUUUUUUUUUGUUGUUGUUGGCUUUAAUGUGUUUUUACCAUAAUAAUCCUUAUGACUGUUUAGCCAGAAACUCGAUCUUUAAAGUGUUUUAACUAUCUGUACUAAAGAAAUGUCAGUAGAAAGAGUCUCUAGACAUCUUUAAAAAUAAACUCCUUUAACUUGUCUGCCGGUGU